AUGCCCGCCGUCAAGGCCAUGGCGGCUCGUCCCAACACCUAUCGCGUGUCGACGACCACGAGAUCGCACGGCCGCCCUCCUCUAAGCGAAAAGUCUCUCCUCUCCUCGGCCAACUUUACCCUUUCUUUGCUCCCCAUCCGCCUCGCCCACCGCAUCCAGGCCCUCCGUAACCUCCCUUACAUUGUUGUCUCCAAUCCAAACAUCAGCCGCAUCUAUAACAACUAUGUCCACUCCCUGUCGACCCUUCUCCCCUGGUGGACCAAGGGCGGCGACAGCGCCGUCCGCACCCUCGACGAUGAGAUCCGUUUCACCGAGGUUCUCGCCGAGCUGGUCGCUACCCACACCGACACCAUACCUAUCCUUGCCCGCGGUUUCCUCGAAUGCCGCCGCUAUAUCUCCCCACAAGAGGUCACCCGCUUUCUCGACGAGCACCUGCGCGCUCGUAUCGGCACACGCCUUGUCGCCGAGCAGCAUAUCGCUCUUCAUUAUAGCUCCCAGCCACACUUCGACCCGGGUGCAAGCCCGACGCCCUGCCCCGAGCACCCUAGCUACAUCGGCGUCAUCGACACGGCCCUGCGUCCCGCUCACAUAAUCGAGUCCUGUGCCGGCUUUGUCGCGGAUAUCUGCGAGUUGCGGUACGGCGUGCGACCGCAGCUGUACAUUGAUGGCGAGCCCGAUACGACUUUUGCCUUCAUACCGAUGCACCUUGAGUAUAUCGUCACCGAACUUCUGAAGAACGCCUUCAGGGCGACCGUGGAACACAGAGACAACAAGGAACCCAUCGUGGUCACGAUCGCACCGGAGCCACCGAGGUCGAACCAUACCCUGAAGAUCGAGGUGCCCAAGGAAACUAGGGGUGAGUUUAGGAGCGACGCCAUUAAACCCCUCGACGACAACGUACCGGGAGUGACAAUCCGGAUCCGAGACCGCGGAGGCGGCAUCGCUCCCGAGGUGUUGCCCAACAUCUGGUCCUAUUCCUUCACCACGUUUUCCGAGGACGACUUUCCGGGGUCUGAUAAUGGCCUAAACAUGAUAUCCAGUGCGAGUGCAGGGGGGAGCUCGAUUGCGGGGCUUGGGUAUGGUCUGCCACUCAGCCGCGCGUAUGCUGAGUAUUUUGGCGGUGGCAUUGCCGUUCAGAGUUUGCAUGGCUGGGGCACUGAUGUCUACCUUCGACUUAACGGUGUUGGCAAAAUACAAGAGCGUAGGACCACGUGA